AUGCCCCUCUCUAUAUAUGUUCUUAUUUUUCUCUCGUUUUUUUUAUGUCUCUCUUUCUUUUAUGCUUUAUUCUCUCUCUCUCUCUCUCUCUCUCUCUUCCCCUCUCUCUCUCUCGAUCUGUUCUGUUCUCUCUUUAUUUUGUUUUGUAUGCAGUUUCUCUUUAUUUUUCCUUCUAUUUUCUUUUUCUCUUUCCAUUUUCUUUCUUUUCUUUUUUCCGUUAUCUCAUUUAUUUAUCUUCCUUUUUUUCUCUACCCAUUUUUUGUUCUUCUUCCUUCUUUUUUUCACGAUAAAUUCAUCUCUCUCUCUUUCUCUUUCUCUCUUUCUCUCUCUUUCUCUUUUUCUCUCUCUCUCUCUCUUUCUUUCUCUCUCUUUCUCUCUCUUGGUUUUCUUUUUCCGUUAUCUCAUUUAUUUAUCUUCCUUUUUUUCUCUACACAUUCUUUGUUCUUCUUCCUUCUUUUUUUCACGAUCAAUUCAUCUUUCUCUCUCUCUCUUUCUCUCUCUCUUUCUGUCUUUCUCUCUCUUGGUUUUCUUUUUCCUUUCUCUCAUUUUGACGUUAUUCCCUUUCUUUCUUUUUUUUAUUCGCCGCUUUUUGUUUUUAUUUCUUCUUUCAUCGUAUAUUUCUUCAGUUUCUUCAUUUUUCACUAA